AUGGGAACGAAGAAUGAACAGCCAGCCGACCAGGCACAGCAAGGCUUGCGUACGUACCGGGGCAAUUGCCACUGCGGCUCCUUCGUCUACGAGGUAGGCCUACCUGAGAUCAAAUCGGCAAUGGAAUGCAACUGUAGCAUCUGCAAAAAGAAAGGGUAUCUCUGGGUCUUCCCUGGCGAGGGCAGCAACUUCAAGAUUGUCAAUGGAACUUCCGAAACUCUCGCGCAGUAUACCUUCGGGCCUAAGAAACUUGCGCACAGAUUCUGUUCCACAUGCGCCACACCUGUCAUGGGCGAAUUUAUCGGAGGCGAUGGAAAAGCUUUUAACGUUCGUGCCAUACAAGGAGUCGAUGCGUGGGCACUGGAGAAACAACCAUACGACGGUGCUGCACUUGGCGACAAGUAUACAAUUCCCGAGCACAAGGGUCCCUUGCCUCCCAAUAUCGAUGGUCACAAGCAGUACACGGGUUCAUGUCACUGUGGCUCAGUCACGGUAGCCCUUGUGAACAAGCCGAUCGACGAAACAUGCGAUGACUUCAUGGCUGAAUGUAACUGCAGCAUUUGCGCAAGAAAUGGCUAUCGAUGGAUCUAUCCAAACAAGGAACGUGUGGUCCUUUUCGCAGCGGACCCGAAGAAUAUUGGUCGGUACAGCUUUGCACGCCACGUGCUCAACAAGACAUUCUGCAAGAUAUGUGGAGUGUGCAUGACGAACGAGUAUAACUAUUCCACGGACGAGGAACGCCAUGCUCUAGGUGCGAUUCCAGACGACGGAUUUGCCAACCGCAUGAAGACUGAGCACCCGGUGAACCUGCGCCUUUUCCCGGACGUUGACUUGAGCAAGUUGAAACCUCCAGCUUUGGGAGAUGCAGCCAACAAAGUUCCGCCAUUCUACAAGAACCCUUGA